GCUGUCUGAGAUCUGUCAGGAGAGCUGGUUGCUGAGCGCGCUGGCCUUGGCUGAAGCCAUCCGGGUGUGCGGGCGGAUGCCCGGGCAAGGAUCCUCUGCGACCCUUGGUCCAUUUCUUCAUCUUUGCGGGGAAUAAAUCUCUCGAUACCGACUGGCUUGCUCCCGGAAAGAGAACAGAUAUUCAAGAUCCCUUCAUCUUCCUUCCAGUGGACACCAAGCCCAGCAUCUGCGGCGUCCGCCGUUGACAGUUUUGCCAGGUGUUUGCCACAUUGAAAAAUGGCCAAUGGACAGGACCGGGUAGUCGCUCUAGUGGACAUGGACUGUUUUUUUGUUCAAGUGGAGCAGCGGCAGAAUGCUCAUUUGAGGAAUAAACCUUGUGCAGUCGUGCAGUACAAAUCAUGGAAAGGUGGUGGAAUAAUUGCAGUGAGUUAUGAAGCUCGUGCAUUUGGGGUCACUAGAAACAUGUGGGCAGAUGAUGCUAAGAAGUUAUGCCCAGAUCUUCUACUGGCACAAGUUCGUGAGUCCCGUGGGAAAGCUAACCUCACCAAGUACCGGGAAGCCAGUGUGGAAGUGAUGGAGGUAAUGUCUCGUUUUGCUAUAAUUGAACGCGCCAGCAUUGAUGAGGCUUAUGUAGACCUGACCAGUGCUGUACGAGAGAGACUAGAAAAGCUACAAGGUCAGCCUAUCUCGGCAGACUGGUUGCCAACCACCUACAUUGAAGGAUUGCCUCAAGGCCCUACGACAGCAGACGGGACUGUUCAGAAAGAGGAGAUGCGAAAACAAGGCUUAUUGCAAUGGCUUGAUUCUCUUCAGAUUGGUAAUGCCACCUCUCCGGACCUGCAGCUCACUGUGGGAGCAGUGAUUGUGGAAGAAAUGAGAGCAGCCAUAGAGAGGCAGACUGGCUUUCAGUGUUCAGCUGGAAUCUCACACAAUAAGGUCCUGGCUAAGCUGGCCUGUGGACUAAACAAGCCCAACCGCCAGACCCUGGUUUCACAUGGAUCAGUCCCACAACUCUUCAGCCACAUGCCUAUUGGCAAAAUCCGUAGUCUUGGAGGAAAGCUGGGGGCCUCUGUCAUUGAAAUCCUGGGGGUAGAAUACAUGGGUGAGCUGACGCAGUUCACCGAAUCCCAGCUCCAGAGUCAUUUUGGAGAGAAGAGUGGAUCUUGGCUAUACGCCAUGUGCCGUGGGAUUGAACAUGAUCCAGUUAAACCCCGGCAACUUCCCAAAACCAUUGGCUGCAGCAAGAACUUCCCAGGAAAAACAGCUCUGGCCACUCCAGAUCAGGUACAAUGGUGGCUUUGGCAAUUAGCCCAGGAACUGGAGGAGAGACUAAUCAAGGACCGAAAUGAUAAUGACAGGGUGGCCACACAGCUGACUGUGAGCAUUCGGGUACAAGGUGACAAGCGUCUCAGCAGCCUGCGCCGCUGCUGUGCCCUCACCCGCUAUGACGCUCACAGGAUGAGCCGCGAUGCAUUUGCUGUCAUCAGGAACUGUAACACUUCGGGAGUCCAAACCAUAUGGUCCCCUCCCCUCACGAUGCUGUUUCUCUGUGCGACCAAAUUCUCUUCCUCUGCCCCUUCAUCUAUCACAGACAUCACUGUCUUCCUGAGCAAUGACCCAAGUUCUCCAUCAAAGGCGCCAAUUACUAGUCCAGAAGCUAAGACCCAGGGAAGUGGCCCAUCGGUGGCCACUAAGAAAGCAGCCACUUCUCUGGAAUCAUUCUUCCAAAAAGCUGCAGAAAAGCAGAAAGUCAAAGAAGCUUCACUCCCAUCUCUUACUGCCACGACCCAGGCCCUCAAGAGCAAUUCGCCACUCAAGCCGUCAUUACCUUUCCAAACCAGUCGUACUACAGGAAUCGAGCCCUUCUUUAAGCAGAAAAGUCUGCUUCUAAAGCAAAAAGAGUUAAAUAACCCUCCAAUUGUCUCUCCUCCACAAAAUCCACAGUCUAGCUCUAAAGAGUUACCAACAGAGUAUCUGGAUUCCACCCCUGUCUGUGAAGAGGUUUUGAAGCUAGAAUCCUCUAAAGCAACUACCACAGAGAUGGAUUUGGCUCAAAACAGCCCCAGUGGGCUCACUCCUGUGACUUCCAAGUCUGUUCUGAAGAUGGUUCAGAAGGAAACGACUACCUCGAGUCUUCUGGCUCCUGAGGACCAAGUGCCCUGUGAGAAGUGUGGCUCUCUGGUCCUUGUGUGGGAGAUGCCAGAGCAUAUGGACUACCAUUUUGCAUUGGAGUUGCAGAAAUCCUUUUUGCAGCCCCAGUCCUCAAACCCGCUGAUUGUUCCUGCCAGUUCUCCUCAAAGCAAAAGAAAUCCCAAGAGCCCUUUGGCCUCCAGAAAUAAGCGCCCUAGGCCUGAGGGCAUGCAGACCUUAGAAUCAUUUUUCAAGCCUUUAACACCCUAGUUCUGCCCUCAGGCUUGCUGCAGGGUUUUAAUAUUUUAUCUGUAAUCUGGGAAAUGGAAAUAUGUUCACUUCUCAAGGAAAUUUAUAACUUUAUGAAAUGUUUGAUAAGAAAAAUAAUCAGUUAGAUGCUGAGUUAAGGCUCCCAUCUCUUCCCUGGUAUGGAUUCUAGUUCCAUUGCUGAUAGAGAUGUAAAAAUGCAUCUUCCAGAGAUACAACUGCUUUAUUAUUUUGCUUUGAGUCUUGUAAUCAAGAGUUUAGGGAGGCGGUGUCACGCAGUAAAAAUUGUGAGUCUUGGAGCCUAAGAGAUCUGGUUCCAAAUCUGGCUCUGCCUCUUGGAAUAUAUGUCCAUGAGCAAGUCAAUUUCUUCACCUUGCCUCAUUUUUGAGGUAAUGAGUAAAACUCAGAUAAUGCCUUACCAAUAUUGAAGAUUAAGAACAAUGUGUUUAAAGUACUGUAGCACAGAAAAGGAACUGAGUAAAAAGUUUUUAAAAAAUUUUUCCCUCUAGUUCUGUGACAGGGGCAGUUCAGAUAAUGCCAUGACCAAAAUGUGAGGUUUGAGAAUGUGAAGUGAAGACUUGAAACCCUAAACUGAUAACUAGUUCAGGGCAAGGCUCUGUACACAGAAACUACUCAAUAAAUACUGAAUUUCAUACAAGCAAACCUUAUGCUAGCCACCGUUUUACCCAAUGGCCCUUCUAACUCUUGCAUCUUGUUCUUACGUAGAAUGAGGUUGUGACUGGACCACUUUAGGAACUGUUUGGAUUGGGUAAAUCAUGAUUAGAACUAGAUUAUCUCUAGAACUCUGCGACUCUGAG